AUGGGCUCCGGCCUCCCCAUCGCCGCUCCAGUGUUGGAACACUUAUGCCUCUUCACCCACGAUCUGAAACGGAAACAGAAAAGAUGGCAGGACGGUCGCCUGAAAUUCCAUACGUUCAACAAGCGCAUUAUGGUCUAUGAUGAAAGAGGAAAUUUCAUUGGUGAUAUGCACUGGCGGGAAGACUUUGACUUUGGUGAAGGCGAAGAAUUCAACUUGGAGCGCGGGGCCGUCAUAGUCCAAGUCGCCGAGUGUAUCGGGAGCAAGGAACAAGACUUGACUGAGCUCCUCGACAAGAGGGCUAAGGAGGUUGAACAGCGACAUGCUCGCUCUGCCGCAAACACAACAAACCAGCCUCAUCCACCCACACGGCCAUCAGUCCAGCACCCCCAAGCCCAAUAUCGGCAACGGCAUUUGUCUGACGUCUUCACUACUCCUCGCGGACCACAGGGGAGGGCCGUGAUCCCAACCACAUCGCCAUAUGAAGAUCGGGUGAUGGCUCAGCAAUCCUCGAGUCCCCAAGACGAGGUUCAAAGGCCUACCAAGAGGAGGAGAAGAGAGGUAUCUCCGCCCAGCAAGUCAGGCUAUGCCCAAAAUCUGUUCGGCGCAACUCUCAAUCUAUCGUCUUGGUCGGCGAGCGCCCCGGUGCGAAGUCAGCCCGCACCGACACCAAGAAGCAUUGCUCCCUCUGUGGAAGCACCAUCUCGCUCAGUUAUUCCAAGCAAAAGCAUCAACUCCUCUAGGCCAAAGCCUUCUACAGUCGUUGAUUUGACCAACGACGCCGCAGUACCAGCGAGAAAUGUCACAGCCUCGAUAACAUGCGAGUCAGAGAUUCCGGCCACAAGCAACACCAGUGUGGUAGCAAAAGAAGCCUUGCUAGGCCACAGGCCCUUUAAGAGACCAAGCACCAAUGUCCGCAGAGACAUAUCAGUGGAAAGGGACAUGGAAAACAUCGAGAACCCUAGAGAGGUGCUGAGCCCUAGGAGUCGCCAAUCUGAGAGUCGCUUCGAAGUCCAGAAGCAAACAAAUCCAAGAAAAGGCAGCAGGAAGUCGCAAGACGGCAUACAAAAAGCUUCUACUCACGGAAUAGAUGAUCGGCCUGACAGGGGCGUCAUCCCCGAACCUGCGCAACUUCGUGCUCCAGCAACGGCAAGGAGGGAGGCGCCAGGAAUCUACGAGCAUCUCCCGGAGAAUGGAAGCACUUCAUCAAUACCAGCAGCGUCAGUGCCAGAAAGGACUUUGGUACUAGAUGAUGAGGCUGCAAACCCAGAAGAACCCAAGACCAAACUUCGCAUCAAGACAAGAGAAAAACGCGGUCUGAUGGUGGUCGCGAAGAAGGCCACCACGAAGACCAAAAGACGGCAACUGAGUCCAGCCGCAAACAGGCCAAACCCGUCAACGUCAGACGGACAGACCAUAACGGACGUCACUCUCUCGGAACCUAGUCCUACAACAACGCCUGCUUUGCCUGACGAAAGCUCACUGGGGCAUCCGACGCAUGACAGCUACAUAGAAGCCGUUCCGAAGGCCAAUGCCAAGGCCGGUAAAGCGAAAGACCACAAACAACCUGACGAGGUGGCUAAGGGUUUGGCUCAACCUGAAAUCUCCGACGAUGAAGGACGUACAUCAGCCGAACGCUCCUUGCAGCCAGCGCGGACACUAAGAACACGGAGAGCUCGACGUAGCCCGGACCGGGAAGACGACGUGGAACAGGUUCGCAUCAAUCCAGGCCCGCGAUUGGCAUCUCUCGGUCGAAGGACCGUGAAAAGUAAGGAAAUUAUCGGCUCGUUCAACACAAGACCGCCUCGUAUAGCCCUCGGAACUUCGGCCGCGACUGCAGCGCCUCGGAGAGAAGCCCCGGCUACGACUGAAAGUCAUUCUGAAGCCAAUUCCUCGUUUUCCAAGACGUCGGAUGGCGUUCGACAAGCAGAAGCCACAAGGCCUACCAAAACGACUCGGUUAGAGAACCCAGCAACGAGGGGCCGGAAAGCGGCACAGAAGUCAGAUGCUAUGGGCGCUGUUCCAGAGCCAGUCUUGCCGGCUAACCUGGACGCAGCUCUUGGUAGGAACCUCAGCGGAGCUAGCAGUAGAUCAGAGGCAAGGACUGGAGCUGAAAUCGGCAUGGUGGCUAGUGAGCCCAAAAAGCAACUUCCCGGGUUUCAAAGGGCAAACGGGGGUCCAUGGAGCAAAGAGGCUCACGAUUUGAUGGGAUGCACACGGCCUGGGUGA